UGGAUUGUCUGGCUCGACAGCGGGCAUCGGGUCACCAGGUAUGACAGCGGGCACUGGGUCACCAGGUAUCAGGUCAUUUGGCUCACCAGCGGGCACCGCGUCAUCUGGCAAGGCAGUGGGCACCCGAGUUACCAGGCACGACAGUGGGUUCCGAGUCAACUGGCAUGACCACGGGCACUGGGUCAGUCAUUGGAUUGUCUGGCUCGACAGCGGGCAUCGGGUCACCAGGCAUUGGAUCGUCUGGCUCGACAGCGGGCAUCGGGUCACCAGGCAUGACAGCAGGCACCGGGUCAUCAGGCAUGACAGCGGGCACUGAGUCAUCAGGCAUUGGAUCGUCUGGCUCGACAGCGGGCAUCGGGUCACCAGGUAUGACAGCGGGCACUGGGUCAUCAGGCGUGAUAGGAUCAUCAGGCUGGAUCAGCUGGGUAGAGACAUCAGGCUGAAGUGCGGGUGCCGAGGCACCAGGCUGAACCACGGAAGGCAGGUUCUCAGACGGCAGGCUCACCGGUUUGGAUACUGGCAGGAUGGUACUGGUUGGAAAG